AAUAUUGGAAGCAAUACAGAUAUUGAUAUCAGAUUACUGCAUUGCUAUUUAAAGUGGCCAACUUUGAGUCAUGUUCCCUCAGUAACAACUUCUAAACUGAAGAGUGUUUCUUGAGUAUGAGUGGUUAGUAUUUCUGUAUGGUGCGUUCAGUUAUUGUUAAAAAGGUCGGGUAUUUAUUUGCUAGCUGGGCAAUAAGUGAUGUGGGCCAGCUUAUUUCUCCGUGCAUCUCUAAUUUUAUCUACAUGGUUGAGAUGAACAUAUUUUUUGUUAGCAUACAUGUAGAGAGAAACGAGGAAGAAAACAUGUUUAUUAGUAUUUACCGUGGUGCGGUUAUCAGCGUUGGUCAGCUGUGAUUCGGUCAGGCAGUGGUUGGUAAGUACAGAGGUUGAUUAGGCCUUUAGCCAGGAGCAGUUGCUGUGGAUUUGGUCGGUAAGCCCCUUCCCCAGAAGACCCAAAUCCAGCCUCACAUUCCUCUCUGAUUGGUUGGACACCUGUGCGGCUCUAUGACCGGGCCGCUUCCCUGCCGCAUUAACUCUCAGCACAUGCUCCGAGUGAAUUUUAAAAGGGGGGGCCCCCCAAAACGAAACACUAAUGGAAUGUAAAGCUAAUCUAAAUAUGUUAAUCCCCAAACACUUCAUAAACAUGGACGCCAGCGGCCCGCCACCCACUUUCUGAAGUCAUUCGCUUUGGAAUGUUUUCGCCGUGGGGGUUCUCACAGUAAUGACAAGCUGCUGGUGGAUUAAUGUGGAGUUAUUUAUUUCCGAUUGAGCGAGUCCAACACCCUCCACCCCCUCCGCCUUUUCCCUCUCCCCCCCACACAAAACCCAAACCUCCCCCUCCCUCCCUCUUUAGCAGUUCGGCCCAGUCUCCAGUCGCAGACGCUCCAUCGAAGCAGUUCACCCAGCUAACACCGCAAACCCUCUGCUGUCAGACCUCACGUUGCAUUCUGGGAUGUCUUCAGCCCCUUUACCUGCUCUUAGCUAAUUACUUUUUAGGCCAGUGCUCACACAAUAAUUGGUCUUGUGCUGCUUCCUCCCCUCCUUCUGCUGCACAGAGUGCUAGUUUGAGCACUUUCUUCCCUCUCUCUCUCUCCAUCGUCCUUAUUCCCCUGUUUUUUAUCGUUCUCCAAAAGCCAUCCAAUUAAUAUGCUAAUGAGCUGAUAAAUAUUUAUAGGGGUUUUAAAUUAUGCAGAGAGCUUUCAGAGCCCGGUGUGAAAUGCGUUGCUCGCAGGACUUCAAAGCCUUGCAUCACUAACGAGGCAGGAGUAGAUUUGCAUACGGCUUUAAUCAGCUGAAUACUGAUUAUGCUUCAUUAUAGAGUUGGAUGGAGGGAGGAAAAAGAGGAGGGGGGUUCGGUGUUGAAGGAGUCCGCCAGCUGCACUUGUCGUUUGUUUCAUUCCAGCAAGAGAGGGAGAGAGAGAGAGAAGUUUUUCAGAAGUAGAGGCAAUCUUGGCAGCAGAGAGAGGGAGUGCUAGAGAAAAAGGGGGCAGAGCUGUAAGAAAAGAGGGGAGCAAGGAGAGCUGUUUGCCUAGACCCUGUUGGCUUUCCCAGUGUGCGUUUCCCAGAGUUGCUCAGCAGACCGUGUGGUAGAGACCGCCACUGUGUCCCUGUGUCUCUGUGUGUUUGCUGCUGACCAGUGGAGAGUGAAAACAAGAGAGAAGGGAGGCAGAGGCGGGGGGGCGUGGGAGGAAGGAGUGCGUUCUGGACAUCCUGUCGGUGGGGUUGCCCAUUCGGGCGGGUUGUAUUCGACAGGUCCAGCAAGCAUGCAGGAAAGCACAGGUGGAGCAAAAGCGGAUGCUAAAGUGAAUAAUCAGUCAGAAACUUCUAAAUGUGAAAUGGAAAGAGGUGACGGGAACACCGGAGUCCAAACCAAUGGACUGGACUUUCAGCGGCAGACGGUGCCAACCACAAUCUCUAACGCACAUGCACAAGCCCUCUUCCAACAGUCGAAGUCGGAAGACUCGGGUGCUCUUCCUGCCUCCGUCCAGCAGAGCGUGUUGCCUCAGACCCAGCUAAUGUUGGCAGGGGGACAGAUUGCUGGAUUGACCCUGAGCCCGGCGCAGCAGCAGCUGCUGCUCCAGCAGGCCCAAGCUCAUCUGCUGGCUGCAGCCGUGCAGCAGCAGCAGCAGCACUCCGCCAGCCAGCAGAGCAGCACCACUGGAGCCAACAUCUCGGCCACCGCAGCCACGCCGAUCACCCAGCUGCCCCUGUCACAGCCCAUCCAGAUUGCCCCUCAGCUGCCGCAGAAUCUAACCCUGCCUCAGUUUGUCCUGGUUCAGUCUGGCCACCCGAUUGCAACGCCGUUGCAGCCCACUCAGUUUAUCAUCUCGCAGACGCCGCCGGCCCAGCAAGGUAUAUUGCCAGCCCAGAGUCUUCUAACUCAACUACCUCAAAGCCAAGCUAACCUCCAUCCGACUCAACCAAGCAUUACCCUUGCAACUCAGCCUACAUCUCCAACUCGUACGACGGCAACCACCAACAUUAAGAGUCUGCCCCACAGUCAGACGCCCCCCAAGCGGUUGGACACCCCCACUAUGGAGGAGCCCAGCGAUCUUGAAGAGCUGGAGCAGUUUGCCAAAACUUUCAAGCAGCGGCGAAUCAAACUAGGCUUCACGCAGGGGGACGUCGGCCUGGCGAUGGGGAAACUGUAUGGAAACGACUUCAGCCAAACCACCAUUUCUCGCUUUGAGGCCUUGAACCUGAGCUUUAAGAACAUGUGCAAACUCAAGCCUUUGCUGGAGAAGUGGCUUAAUGAUGCAGUUUGUGCAGAUAACCUGACAUCUGACCAGUCCUUGUCCAGCCCCAGUGCCCUGGGCUCCUCAGGCAUGGGCAUAGAGGGCAUCAACCGCAGACGGAAGAAAAGGACCAGUAUCGAGACCAACAUUCGAGUGGCCUUAGAAAAGAGCUUUCUGGAGCAGAACCAAAAACCUACCUCUGACGAGAUCAGCAUUAUCGCUGACCAGCUCAACAUGGAGAAGGAGGUGAUCCGGGUCUGGUUCUGCAAUCGCCGACAGAAAGAGAAGCGGAUUAACCCGCCCAGCAGCGUCAAUAACGGAGGAGGCAGCACCUCCAUCAAGACCAUCUUUACCCCCAGCAGCCCUUUGGUGGCAAGCACAGCAAGCCUUGUUAGCAGUCCAACUAUUAACACAUCCACCACCCUGACUGUAAACCCAGUGAUGCCUCUCACCAGCACCAGUGUCUCCAGUUUGGCUUUCACAGGCACAACAGUUGGAGGCACAAACACCGCAUCGGUCAUCUCCACCGCACCUGUACUCACCACGUCGACCAGCGCUCCAUCGAUAAGCCCAUCCACGACCACUGUUCAGUCCACAUCCACAGACAGCAAAGCCAGCGUUCAGGCGCUGGUCACGCAGGCUCCGACGUCCAUAGCGACGUCCUUAGGGACGGGUCAGGUGAUGGUGGCCGCUCCGGGCCUAUCCACAGCGCAGCUGGGGGCCGCCCAGCUGCCCACCAGCGCCAGCUUUGCAGCCAUGGCUGCAGCUGCGGGGCUGACCCCGGGACUGAUGGCAUCAUCCCAGUUCACUCCAGGCGGGGCCCUUCUCAGCCUGACUCCUGGGGGGCUUGGCAGUGCACUGAGUCCUCUGAUGAAUAACAGCACUCUGGCUGCAAUUCAAGCACUGGCGUCGGGCGGCCCCAUCCCCAUCACGUCUCUGGACGGCGGCAACCUGCUGUUCGCCAACACCUCGGCCGCCAACACGCCCAACCUGGUCACCACGCCGCUCUUCCUCAACCCCCAGAACCUGUCGCUGCUCACCAGCAACCCGGUCAGCCUGGUGUCGGCGGGGGCGGGCGGGCUGCAGGUCACCGCCGACGCCCACCACCAGGCCACCACCGCUGCCGUGCCUGUGCAAGCCUCGACCAUUACCACUGCCUCCAAGGCUCAGUGAAGCCUCGGUCCCGACGCCUCGUUUCCUGCCGCGAGCACUACUUCCCCGUCACAACGGGCGGGGGACACAGGCUUCACUACCCGCCCCCCCUCCUCACUUUUCACAUGAGAACUAGAACAUUAUUUAAUGUAUUCGCUGCCACCAAAAAGAAAACGACAUCCAAUAUAAUUGGGCUUAGGUUUUGUUUUUUUCUCUUUCUUUCUUUCUUUCUUUGUUUUCAAUAGUUCUCAAUAUUUUCUCUCACAAACACUCUUGUUGGCCUGAAAAAAAAACAAACAAACUCUGCACCAUCACACUAUUAUGUACAUAUUUCCUCCUAUUACGAGGUCAGAAUCACAUCUGACACGUCUAACCAAAAAACCAAAAUCUUUGUCCCUUCUAACAUUUCAAACUUGAGUCUUUUUCACUAAUUUCACAAUGUUUUGUCGUGUCUAACAAGGGUUUGUGUAUCACUUCCUUUGUCUUCUUAACAUUUUUGACAGGCCUCAACUUAAAUCAUAUCAAAGUUGUACUCUUCUUUGCUUUUCCUUUCUAUGUAUUUUUUUUUUCUGUUUUAAAUCUUUAUAAUUCUAAGUUAAUAUUCACCUAUCACUUUUUAAUCGUGGUUAUAAGGCUUUAAAUACAAGUAAUAAGUGGCCGAUUUAAAGGUUAUCAUUGCUUUAAGGGUCGGAGGUGACUGGGUGGGUCUCUCUGCGUCUCUUCUCUGGAAACACUGAGUUUUACAAGUCGCUGUGGCGGUCGAAAGGCCUCUUAGCUUUUGUAAAACGAGGGUCUAGUUGUGGAUUGUUGACACUGACAGAAAGUGGCUCGAAAUAUUUGUGUGGAGAGCUUUUAUAGAGAGCGAGCUGCAGCCACGUAUCUGGACGAGGUGGUUUGGGUUGCAAUGUGCUUUCUGCAGCUCUUCCAGAUCAGUUUCUGGCAGUGUGUCUUUUUUUUUUGUUUUUUUUCUCGAGGAGGGCCAUGUACUGGCGGUACUGGCUCCAUGGGAUUUUAUUGUGGGUUUGUGUUUUUUUUUUUUUUUUUUUUUUUUUUUUUAAUAGUAGUACUGUCAUAUAUGAACUUGUGCACAGUAUCUGUACCAAAAAAAAAAAAACAACUGGAUUGAUGAGCUGCAGUCUGCCUGAUUUUGGGAGGAAUGAAUACGUAUUUUAAGAUAUACCAAAAAUAUUUGUUAAAAUAGUUGCUGUGUGUAGUCAGUGUAGCUUAGUCUAGUCGAUAUAUUUAUGAGUGCAGAAUCUCUCUUCAUUGUCAACAGAAUAUAGAAAUGCAAUAUUUUGAUGACCAUUUUCCAAAGAUAACAUUGUUUUUUUUUUUGUUUGUUUGUUUGUUUUUUUAAUUGGCAGCACUACUUGCCAACAUGAGAGGGAUGGGAUGGUUGUGAGAAAUUGGUUUCUUUUUUUACUUUUAUGAGACAUAUUUGUUCAUUUUUACCACCUGGGCCUUGCCCUCGAUUUUUAAACUCGUUUUUUCAGAGCCGUUUGAAGGCAUGCUUUUUUUUCUAAUCUGUUCUAGUAGCAUUUUCGACGUUUUUUCUGAACCGUAGUGGAAAGCAGGCAUGGGCCGGUAUGGUGGACUUGAGUAAAAAUACCAAGUUUUACACUUUUCAGAUGAUCUAAUUUCUGUUUUUUUAAAACCGGCUUGUAGCUUGGCUGACUGUCAUUUCAGAGUAGUUUCUUGAUAAGAUUGAAGGAUGUUUUGAGCCAAGGAUUGUUUUCCAAACAGCUGAUAUAUAUAUCUUUUGUUUUGUAAGUCAGAGAAAAGUGUAGUUUCCUUCUUUUGGUGGCCAGCAGUGCGCAACAUCAUUACUUCAAAUUGCACAAAAAAAAAUCUCUUAUUACAUUAAACAGACUUUAACCAUAGGAACUGUUUGUAACAGGUAACCGGCCCAUGCCUAAUGGACUCUUUUUUUGUUUUUUUGUUUUUUUUUGUUUUGUGCUAAUACUCAGCCAUAAAACAAUAGCUCGAACCAAAGCGGUUUUACUCAGUAGUUGCUGUGCCUGCCGGAGCACGCAAGUUGCUGUUCACAUGGUUUCUACGGCUUUCCCCGCCCGUCCAAGCAGUUUUUUUCCCCCUCUCUUCUCCAAAUGCCAGAUUCUCCCCGAUUUGGUGCUGCUGGAACCAGAUCACAGAAACUUAGCUUUAACAACUUGCUGCUGAAGCUCCCGACGGGGAGCCGAGCUGUCGAGAGGCCUGCAUGCUUCCUUUAUAGCUUUACGACUGCGCCCUGUGGAAGUCGGGGUUUGGUAGUUUCGACCCGCCCACUGGGGCGGGCUCACCUGUGUAAAUGCAUAAACCCAAUCGUCGGAGAACAUCCUUCACGUUUGCCUCGGCGUCGCCGGUUUGACCCAUUGUGUCUGUGGACUGGUCGUAAACCCACCAAACUGUUUUACAAAGCAGCACAUUCAGUCACACCCCACAGAAAAGUAGCAUUGAUCGAUAUCCAAAUGAUGACUUUAGUUCCUGCAGUGAUUUUUUUUUUUUUUUUUUUUUUUUUUUUUCCUGUGGCUGUAAGUCGUGAAAUUUGUCCACACGAUCCGCCUCCUUGUUUGCUUUUGAAUAAUUGUGACUAAAUAUACCUCAGCAGAAACUUCAACAUAGGUUCACCGUUAGACAUUUCUGGGUGUAGAAUGUAUAAGUGCUGUCUGGCUUUACCAUUCAGAGGUUUUACCGUUCAUAGGAACCACAACGUUAAAGGACAACCUACUACUACUACUGCUAUUUUCUAGUACUACUAUUUAAAGGGUGUUUCUGGGUUUAAGUGUUUUUCUUUUUUUUUUUUUAGGAUCUUUAUUGCCAAAGUAAAAGCCUUUUCUCAUCAAAGCUUUGUGGAUGUCUGGCCCCCUCCAACCUGCAGGGGGCGCUCAGUUCCUGCCCUCCUUUUUAGUCAUUAUGUUUCACCUGCACCAUGACGAACCAGCUGGCACCAUAGGAUGUUACUGAAAUAUUUAUCUGAGGAAAGACUUAACAAUUAGAGAAGCAACCUUUUCUUAAUUCUAUAUAAAUAUAUAUAUAAACAUGUGUAAGAUAUUCAUAUUUUAUAUUUGAACUAGUAUGUUAUCAAGAUUGAAUGUAGUGUUUAUCAUGCUAACUCAAAAGAAUAAAUCUCCCCGCAAUCUUCUAAUGCUUUAUUCACUUUUUUUUUCUUUUUUUUUUUUUUUUUACCUGACCAAAAAUAUGAGAGGAAGUUAGUGAGGAUGCCUCUGUUUUUGACCGGAGGAACUCGAGACGCUGAAGCAUCUGACCUUAUUGCUUUAUAAUUAUUAUUAUUGCUAAUAGUUUAUUUUUUGCGUUGUUGUGAAUUUGAUUUGCUGUGUUGUCUUUAACAAUCAUUUUUCUUUAACUUUUUGCCUUUUUUUUUGUAUAGUGUGAGAGGAUAAGAUCACUGGCUUUUGUAGUUUGACGAGAGAGGAUUAACAUUAUCAUUUAUGCCUUACUGUUACGUAGAAGACAUGAGCAUUGUAGCGUUGUGUUGAUGUGUGUGUGUGCAUGUGUGUGAGUGAGUGAGAGCUAAUCUGGUGCAUUUCGGUGAAGUGGUAGAUAUCUGGGGCAUUUUGGAGUGGAUUAGUGAUGUGUGUUUUGUUUCGGCCAGGUUGGGAAAUGCUUUACUUGUAAUUCCAGUGGCUUUUUGUGUGUGAAAGUGUGUUUGGGUUGUCUGCAAACCUUUACGGUGCAUUUUCCCUCAUCUUCCAGCUGGUGUAAGGAGUGAUUUUCUUUUUUCUUUCUUUUAUCAAAAAGUUUGAUAUAGAGGAAUGCUUACUUCUUUUUUUUUUUUUUUUUGACUGAGUUCGUCUACUGAUUAAGCCACAGGCUUCACGCAGGCCGUUCGCCGAGCCUGCUUUGGGAAAAUCCUACCGUUUGUGGUUGAUUUUUUUUGUAGUUUCUUUUGAUAUUCUUAUGAGCUGUUUUCUUGGCUUUUAGUGCUUCACUGUCAGUAGGUGAUCUUGAGACUUCAAGGCGUUCUCGUGGUUCAACAGGCGACUAUAUUGAGCCCGAUUAUGUCAGUUUGCUGUGGAGGAAGAACAGGUGGACCACCAGUAAGGCAAAACAAACUGUUGUAUACCUCAUUUCUUAACUCAAAACUGAGUGAAACCUGCUUUAAUCUACUUAAAAAAAAAAAAAAAUUUUUUUAAAA